AUUCAUUUCAUUUCAUUUCAUUUCAUUUCAGUUCAUUUCAUUUCUCACCUGCUGCUCUACUAGGGUAGCGGCGGCCAAAAUCUCCUGAUCCUUUCCCUUAUUUUUUCCUUUCCCUGUCUCUCAUCUCCCAUAUCCCUCCCCCCUCUUCCUUCUUCUUUCCCUUUCCCUUCUCCUCCCUAUCAGGGGCUAUUUUGCCCUCCAUUAAUACUUGAGGAUUCUCUAUGUGUGUGCUUUGAGGGGAAAGUUUCACCAGUCAAUCUUCCGACAAAAUGGAGUGUUCCGGAACUACGCUCCUGAACCCCGUGCGGCCCGAUCACUCCUUAUGGGGAAGAAGCACACCGCAAUCUCAAGUCAACCCCUCGCAGUCGGUCGCCAUUAAGCCCGACCCCAUCACUCUCCCUAUCACUACCACCAUCACCACCACCACAACAACAGCGACUGCCACUGCCACUGCCACUGCCACUGCAACCGCCAUGAUUAUGAAAGAGUCUCCCUCUCAGUCUCUCUCACAAUCUACCUCCGUCGACAAACCCAUUCUGCCUAUGGAACCCACCCAUCCCGGUCGCGGCAAACAACUUACCAUCCCCGAGCAAGUAUGCCUUGUCAAGUUAUGUGCUGCCUCCAUGGAAGAUUACGAUGCCCACGCCUACCCGAAGAGUUUCUGGAUCAAGAUCGCCAACACACUUGAAAUGCGAACGGGGCGUCGCUAUUCUUGGCAAUCCUGUCGGCGUCGCAUCUACACCUAUGUCGCCAAACGCUCCGCUUACUACGAAUCCUUUCGACAAGGUCGCCCGCAUCCGACCAUCGACAUUCCCAAGGAAGUGCUCGGGCUCCUCAACCACUGGAUCAGCGACAUUGACCGGGACAAGUACGCUGCGCCGCACCGUUGCCCAGCCGAGGAAGCGCGGACCAACCCUAAGCCAGUGGCUCCGGUCGCUGUACCAGUGCACAAGGAGACGGCGGCGGCGGCCCAGCCUGCCGCACGGAUCAACCUUCCUGAACACGAUAUAGUGGUCAAUAUGAACCGGGUCUACACCUGGCUCCGGAGUCUCCCGCCUCCGGAGGAGAUGGAGCAGAUGGCGAUAUGGGGUGAGGAGGCCAAGGUCGCCGCCGCCCCUGUGCGGACACGAGGUGAUGUGUUCGCAGCUUUCGCCCGGCCAUUGAGCCGAGACACCACUCCACAACAGACGCACCGGUCACUCCUGGGAAUCGGGGACCGGUUCGGCCAAACCGCGGCCCAGCGUAUGGCGGAGGAGAGAACCAAUUCCUCCUCCCAGGGAAUGGCCCCGCGGUCAUCAUCUUUGGCACUUCACCAGUCCUCUCUGGCCUACAACCCGCUCAAGAGACAUCGGGAUGCUGACGAUGAGGGCCUCCGUGACCGUCCCGCUCAACGUCUCCGUUCGUAUCCCGAUAGCAAUGCCGCCGCCCUGAACGCCUCCCUCGGUGGAUCCGUGGAUAAGUCCCUAUUUGUGUUCCGCCACAAGAUGAAAAUGAUCGAAGAUUGUAUCGAACUCACCUUUGGCAAGAUCAUUGACCGACUCUCCCCCGGUAUGCAACGACAGGAGACUAAGCCCCCGGGCUUCCCGGGAGCGUGCGAGUCGAUCAUCAAUGAUCUCUUCAAGGACGUUGGCAUGUCUGUCGCCAGAGCGUUGUUGCGCAUCGACAAGGCCUCUGCCGCCGAACGUGCAGCCACGAACUAAUAUCGAUCAACGGGUCGAUACAUAUAUACGAUAUCGUACAUACAUAUACCUACAUGAUGACUGAGUGAUAUGAGGUUCAUUUUGAUGUUUAUACCUGACCUUGAUUUGUCUUGCUUGCUUCUCAACGUUUCAGCACGCUUGAUUUUCCUCUUGCCUUUCUUAUUGUGCGUUCUCCAUAUGGGUGGCUCUCUAUUUUUGAUGCUAUGUUCUGGUCUUUUCGCUUUGUUCAUCGUUCUUACCUUUCACUUGUUCUCAUGAGCAUCAAAUUGCCUAGAGAUACCCAUUUCCUUGCAGCUUGAGCAUUGUUCUGCGUCGCUUACGGUUGUCUUUAAUGCUUUUCUUUUCGAGACUUGGUUCAAAAUUUGGCAUUGUGGUUGUUGAUUUCCAGUUGCAUAUAUAGCAUAGCAUGCAUACUCAUCGCAUUGAUUGAUCAGAAUGAAGUAAUAGGAUAUGGUCCGAUUCGACUUGACUU